AUGCGGGGUGUGCAAAUCUUCUCGGGCACGUCCCACCCUGGCCUCACAGACACCAUCUGUGAACGGCUAGGAACAUCACCAGCUAAAGCAGACCUCGGUAAAUUUGCUAAUGGCGAGACUAGCGUCAACAUCGGCGUCUCAGUGCGAAACCAAGAUGUCUACAUUGUGCAGAGUGGAAGCAGCAAGAUCAAUGACAGUGUGAUGGAGCUUCUCAUUAUGAUCUCGGCGUGCAAGGGAGGCUCUGCCAAGUCGAUUACUGCGGUUAUGCCAUACUUUCCCUAUUCCCGUCAAUCAAAGAAGAAAAGUCAUCGGGGUGCCAUUACGGCCCGCAUGCUUGCCAAUUUGCUAUCCGUUGCUGGCGUCGAUCAUGUCAUUACGAUGGAUUUGCACGCGUCCCAGAUGCAGGGCUUUUUCGGCAAACCUGUCGACAACCUGUUCGCUGAACCGUUUAUCGCUCGCUGGAUCCGAAUGAACGUGGCAGGAUGGAAGGGUGCUGUGGUGGUGAGCAAGAAUGCUGGCGGUACUAAGCGGGUCACCUCGCUGGCCGACAACCUGAAGCUUAACUUUGGUAUUGUAACGACCGAUCGCCGCCGUCCAAAGGUUCCAGUGACUAUAUCUGAUAGCUCUGUUUUCUUCGAUGGCGAGAAUGAGGAGCCUCGACCUAACCGCCGACUUUUCGAGCUGCACCUGCAGCGACACCGGUCCACUUCCCUUAUCCCAGAGGAGACCGAGCCAGAGCCCGAGAACCUGCGCCCUGAGACUCCUCCGGCCGCCCGUCGUCCCUCGGAGCUGGAAGCAGCAUACGAGUAUAGCGAUGUCCGGGUGCAAGAUGUGAUCACCGGUCGUCUAAUCCAGGGCCAGCUGGUUGACGAUGAUUACGUCGGAUCAGACUUGGGUGGUGCCAGCACCCCAGGUAGUGCCGCUGGUGAUCACAUCGAGGUACCGGACGCCAUGAUGAAUUCCAUUAUCUCCACCACCUCGUCCGCACCUCCUGAUCAUGCUCUGGGCGGCUCAUUUGACGCUACCGAGUCUGAUGACGAGGGUAGUAUUGCUGGACCCGAACAUGAGAAAACCAUUACGCUGGUCGGUGAGGUUCGCGACCGCCCUGUGUUUAUCGUGGAUGACAUGAUCGACAAGAGUGGUUCUUGGAUCGCCGCUGCCGAGACAGCCGUGAAGCGUGGAGGAGCUCGCAAGAUCUACUGUAUCGCCACUCACGGUCUCUUCGGAGCUGAUUCCCUUGAUCAGAUGGAGGCAUGCUCUUCAAUUGAUUAUAUUGUCGUUACUAACACCUUCCCGAUCCCGCCGUCAUUGCUCGCCCGUUCCAAGAAGUUGAUUAUCAUUGAUGUCUCAUCCUUGCUAUCAGAGAGCAUUCGGCGGCACCACUAUGGAGAGAGCGUCUCCGCUCUUUUCCAACUUAACGAUUGA